AUGGAGGAGCUGAGUUUCAGCAGCCACUGUGGCAACGCACAAGGCGAGCCGAGUAUUACAGAAGGCUGUCCCUUCCCUUUGCUUCAUGCAGUUGCUCUAAAGAAUCACGGUGCCAAAGAAGUGGAGAGGGAUGGAGACAGCGGCAACAGACCAGCUCUGGGCUCAGCAGCAGUACCGGAGGGCGAGCUGCUCCUACAGGCGCUCAAUGGCUUCGUGCUGGUGGUGACAUCAGAAGGACUGAUAUUUUACUCCUCACAUACGAUUCAGGACUAUCUGGGAUUUCACCAGACAGAUGUCAUGCACCAGAGCGUCUUUGAGCUGAUCCACACCGAGGACCAACAGGAAUUCAGACGCAACCUCCACUGGGCCCUCAACCCACCCCACGUUCCCGAGGGUGAGCCUUCUCCAGAAGCAGGGAAGGGUCUCUGCUCUUCUGCUGUUGCCUACAAGCCUAAUCAGCUGCCCCCAGAAAACUCCUCCUUUCUGGAAAGGAGCUUUGUGUGCCGUUUUCGCUGCCUCCUGGAUAAUUCCUCUGGCUUCCUGGCUUUAAACCUUCAAGGCAGGCUGAAAUUCCUUCAUGGACAGAACAAAAGGUCUGAAGACGGAUCUGCACUGCCACCCCAGCUCGCUCUCUUCGCUAUCUCCACACCCUUGCAGCCACCAUCCAUCCUGCAGAUCCGAACCAAGAACAUGAUCUUCAGGACAAAGCACAAGCUGGACUUCACCCCCUUGGCAUGCGAUGCCAAGGGGAAGAUCGUUUUGGGCUACACUGAGGCAGAGCUGCGGAUGUGUGGCACUGGCUACCAGUUCAUCCAUGCUGCCGACAUGCUGUACUGUGCUGAGAACCACGUCAGGAUGAUGAAGACAGGGGAGAGUGGCCUGACAGUCUUCCGCCUGCUGACAAAGGAGAAUCGCUGGAAGUGGGUGCAGGCCAAUGCACGGCUCGUCUACAAGAAUGGAAAGCCUGAGUACAUCAUUGUCACACAGAGACCCCUCAUAGAUGAAGAAGGAGGAGAGCACCUUCGGAAACGGUCCAUGCAUCUUCCCUUUACCUUUGCUACAGGAGAGGCGCUCUUAUACCAAAGCGCUUACCCUCUCCCGGGCUUCCCUGACCCUUUCCAGAGUAAAGGGAAAACCAGCAAGUCCAAGAAGACCUCCCACAGCCAUGGAGGGUGCUCCCAGAAGAAUGGCAUUGACCCCAGUUCUCUGCUGGGCGCUGUGAUGCAACAGGACAAGGCGGUGUACAUGUCCUAUCCGGCUCCCACACCUAACCACUCCUUCAGCAGCAGUUUCAUGGACCAUCUCGAGAACGUGUCCAUUCUGGAUGCAGGAAGAGAUGCCUGGAGUAUGGGUGCUGCUCCAGUUUCUUCAAGGGGGAACAUCCUCAAAGGUGAGCUGGUGGAUUUGCAGCAGGAGGACCCUCUCUUGGCCACCCUGGAUUCGCUGUCAAUUAAGAGUGAUGAGAACUGUUCCAACAAUGAGCUCUUCAGUGCACUGGAGGGCCUGGGGUUGAACGCUGAGGACCUGGAGCUCCUGCUCCUGGAUGAGAAAAUGGUGAUGGUCAAUAUGGACUCUGACCACACCCCAUCCUUGAACGACUGCUUCACCAGCAAUGAGAUUCUCUCGUACAUCCACACCACUCUGGUGAACAAGCAUGAGGGAGGACAACAGGUCUGUCCCCUGCCAGGCACAUCCCUGAGCCCAGGUGGAGACACUGCUACAUACCAGGACCAUGUGGAGAAUGAGGACUCGAAGUACCUGCCCCAGCCUGCGGUGCAGGCCAGCGUUGCCUCAGGCCAGCCCCCUGUUCCGCUGUGGGAACAGCCCCUCCAUGCCGUGCUGGGGCAGCCGCCUCCGCUGCUGCUGGAGCUGGAUGAGGAAGAAGAGCUGUCCAAUGGCUUGCAGUGGAGGCCAGCUGGGGAGGAGGGUCUUCUCUGCUUCCUCCAGCCGGCACGGGGCACCCUGUGGGACAAGGUGCCUGGCUCACCCACAGAAGUCCCCUGCCCGCAGGAUCCACGCCAGGAUCAGCAGCUGGAGGGUGACUUCCCAGCCAUGCACCCUGCCCAAGAGGAUGCUCACCGGUCCUUCUUCCUGCCUGGCCAGUGCCAGGAACCCGUGGGGCCACCCAGGCAGCCAAAACAGCGUCACUUGCUGAUGAAUGGGUUGUGUGGCCACAGCCCUGACUCUGCUCCACACCUUCCCAGCAGCAGCACCAGCCCAUGGCAGGACUAUGUUUCCCCACUCCUGGGGUCCCCAGCUCAGCCUGGUUUUUAUGGAAUCAGCCAGGACUUGAUCUCCCAGCACCAGGGCUGCUUGGGUCCAGGGCCUGGCACACCGACAGUACACUUUAACUUGAAUGGCUUAAGCAGUAUGGAAGCUGCCAGCAAUGGGAGAUCACAGGAAGAGAUGGCUCCAUACUCCAGUAUUUUCCCCUCCUCCUCAUACCAGCUUAUUUCCGAGAAGCAGCUGAGCCCUGUUCCUUCUGUGCCCCAGCCCCCUUUUCCGAGCUCAGCUGCAGGGCACUUUGGGAGCAUCAGCAGCCCACUGGAGACUCCCGUGAACAGGACAUACUCCUCCACACUGAGCCAGGAGAGCAGGCACAGGGCUGAAAGCAGCUGUGUUUUGCCCAUCUCUUCCGUGGGACUCUCCAGAGACUGCCCGAUGCUGGGGGGGAGCCUACCUCCCUCCCGCCAGCCGCACCCUCGGGCAGAAACGCUGCCAGAUCACCCUCAUGCCUCCAGUGGUGACUUCUGUCUCUAGGAGAGAAGUGGAAUGGACAAAGCAGGACUGUUCCCUGGGGAAGGAGCUGCCUUCAAGUUGCGACCUUCCCCCUGCCACACAUGUCCUGCCAUUCAUUGCUCUUGAUGUUGGUUGCUUUGGCUCAGCUGUGUUUUUUUUGUGCUUUUUAAUUACAUUUUUAUCAAAUUCCCAUUAUCAUACCCUGCCAAGGCUCCAUGUGCUGGUCCCACGGAAGUGUCUCUGUAGCCAGCAGCAGAGCUACAGGGCAGAUUUCCCCAGGGCACAGAAACAGGCUGGGCUGCUGUGCAGGUCAGGCAGUGCAUGCAGCCUCAUCUUUAUCUCAUGGUGUUCAAGAGUUGUGUGGCUCUUGGUCAACUGGAGCAUCUCGGAGAACAUUUGCACUUGCCAUCUCUCAUCCUACCCACCCAACCUCCUUGCUUUUGUUUCCCUGGUGGGGUGAGCAUCUGCCCAUCCUGCCUGCGCAUCUUACUGAGUCAGCUUUGAAAUGUUUGGGCCUUUUAUGUCUUUUAAAUGGCAUUUGGAGACUAUCUGUUGCUCUGGAAAGAAAAAAAGGAUUGCUCUCUAUUGCCAGCCAUGCUGCUGUAUUGAAGGUGUGAUGUUUGUGUGGCAAAUCCCACACUUUGCCAUGAAGCCACGGAAUGAGCUCUCCAUUGCACCAGUCUUUGCAGUUCUGCUGUUAACUGAAUGCAUUUCUUUGGUGCAUUUUCCAGGCUUUUGGAAACCCAGGCUGCUUCCAUGGCUGUCACUUGGCUCCCAUGGUUUGGUAAUCCCUGACAGUGUCUGUGCAGGGCAGCCCUUGCCCCAAAGGACAGAUGGGUUUCUGAUGGCUAAUGUCCUCCAGCUCUACCAAAGCUUUGCAAUUAUAUGCGUGAUCCAACACAGAUGCAAGACUUCUGUAUCCAAAAAAAAAAAGACAAGAAAGGUUUUCACCUCUAAAUUUCCUGCGAUCUCAGCGAGGCGCUUGUGGCUGUGGCCACAUUGUACAGAUAAUGCCUGUUUUAUAAAGAAAGUGAAUCCUGACUUGGGUUUUUGUGUUGCACUGGUCCUUCUCCACCCCAGGUUUCUCUGUGUCCCAGAUGUUCCCAUUUGAUAGGAUCCAGAUUAGAGCUCCUCUAGCGAACACCCUGGGUUUUGCUGUGCUCUAUGUGAUAUGCCCAGUUUGACUGAUAAGCAGUUCGUUCUUCUGGGUGAUGGGUCCUGAGGUACCUGAACAGGCAGCAGGUCUCAUUCUCAAACAGCAAGAACUGGCUGGCAUAUAAGCAUCUGUGCCUAAAAAGGUUGAAGAUAAAUAGUGGAGCUGCCUAACCUUAGGAGAUUUCAGAUUUACUGUAUAAAAAGAAAAAAAGUUUUCAGUAAGAUAAGUAUAAUGAUACUUAAAAUUAAGUACUGAUAGAGUGAUAUUUUCCCACAUAAAAUAAACACAGCCCAUAUGUAUGUAUAUAAUACGAGUUGACAGAUUUAUUUUUAUGCCACUCCAGUGGAGA